AGUAUACGCAGCCCAACCACAGCCACAAGCCCAUUGCGCAUGCUGCUGCCCGUGCUACGACGACUGCUCCCCUUCACACAAGGCUCCAGGCACGUCUGUUGUUUUUGUGCCGCUGACUCUUUGUGACCUUUCUUCUGCAUGUCGCCAGGCUUUGCACACAGAUAGUCCAACGCCCUCAUCAAAAUGGCCGAACCUCCCAUUGUCCUCGAUGGAGGAACCGGCUUUCUCAAGGUCGGCUAUGCCGGUCAGAACUUCCCCGAACACCAAUUCCCUUCCAUAGUCGGCCGGCCGAUUCUACGAUCCGAAGAGCGCGCAGGCGACAUUGUGGUCAAGGACAUCAUGUGUGGAGAUGAGGCAGCGGCAGCCCGGUCAAUGUUGCAGAUCAGCUAUCCUAUGGAGAACGGCAUUGUCAAGAAAUGGGACGACAUGCAACAUCUCUGGGACUUUACAUUCUACGACAAACUGCGCGUCGACACGACGGGCCGAAAGAUCCUGUUGACGGAACCGCCCAUGAACCCGCUCAAGAACCGCGAGCAGAUGUGUGAGGUCAUGUUUGAGAGGUACAACUUUGGCGGCGUGUACGUGGCCAUCCAGGCCGUGUUGGCUCUAUAUGCUCAAGGUCUGUCAUCCGGAGUGGUGGUCGAUUCCGGCGACGGCGUGACACACAUUGUCCCCGUUUACGAAUCCACCGUUCUCAACCACCUUACUCGGCGUCUUGACGUUGCAGGCCGCGACGUCACCAGGAACUUGAUCGCUCUCCUGCUCCGAAGAGGGUAUGCACUUAACCGGACGGCCGACUUUGAGACCGUCCGGCAGAUCAAAGAGAAACUAUGCUACGUAUCCUACGACCUUGCCCUCGACCAACGCCUAUCCGAAGACACUACUGUGCUGGUCGAGUCGUAUACUCUUCCUGACGGACGCGUGAUCCGGGUCGGCAGCGAACGCUUCGAAGCUCCCGAAUGUCUCUUCCAACCUCACCUCGUCGACGUCGAACAACCAGGCAUAGCCGAGUUCUUGUUCAACACGAUCCAGGCCGCCGAUGUCGACGUACGCUCGUCACUGUACAAGGCCAUUGUCCUUUCCGGCGGGAGCAGCAUGUACCCUGGUCUCCCUUCCCGGCUGGAAAAGGAGCUGAAGCAGCUGUGGCUGACGCGCGUGCUGGGCGGCAACCCGGAGCGGUUGAAUAAAUUUAAAGUGCGCAUUGAAGAUCCUCCCAGGCGGCGACAUAUGGUGUUUUUGGGUGGUGCCGUUCUGGCCAACAUCAUGGCCGAUAAGGAGAACAUGUGGAUUUCCAAACAGGAGUGGCAAGAACAAGGGCCUAGGAUCUUGGAGAAACUGGGUCCAAGGUAAAAUCACCAUGAUCAGCGCAAUCUGGAAGAGCCAAGGGUAUAAAGUACUGUUCGUGGACUGGCGCAAAGGUUGUCUAUCUACCGGCUCACCAAGCUCCGAAUGCGUCGUGGACAGAAGAAAAAAAACCAAACAUGGAUGCAUAGAGAGUACGGUUGACGCGGUGCAGGCAGAUGUCUCUUUCAGACCCGCUGACUCCAUGGGAACUAAAGAUAAAAUAACACCAUCACCCUGUCCACACAGCAAACUCAUGUGUGUCUGUCUACGUUUUCCCCCUGGAAGUUGAGAUCUUUAUAGAUUGAGCGAGGGCUGCCUCUGCUUAAGGUACUUGAUAGACGGACCUCAAUGCAGCCUUGAACUGUUCAGGUCGUGCAGUAUCAUGCUAUACACCCAGUAUCGUUCGCAUGAAGGAUGAAAUUAACACGAGCCAGUUGAAGCAUGUACUGUACCUCCCCAGCUCAGGCCCUUAGCCGUAAGCCAUUAUGAUCUACCAUAUCCGUUUGUUUAAUUCUCAGAAGGUCAGAAAGGACUGAGUGUCUACAGUUUCUCUAUAAUAAUUAUCUUAGUUCUUUCACACCCCAA